AUGAGUUCCAACCCCCCAACUAGCUUGCAGGCCAUCUUGCAAAAUGACUCUCUCACAAAACAAUGUGCUUUGAUUGGGCCAGAUUGGACAGAAGGAGCCAAACACUUCCCCAUCAUUGAUCCCGCCACCGGUCAGGAGUUUUCGCAAAUGGCAGAUGUUGGCAGAAAUGCAAUAGUGGAGGCUAUUAGCCAUGCUCAUCAGGCCUUCCAAACAUUCGGCCAAACAUCGGAGUACGAACGGGCCGCAAUCCUGGAGAAAUGGGCCACGAAAACACUAGUCGAGUCCAAGGCUGAAGUCUAA